UGAUGUAGACGGCUGGUCGGUAUGCUUGUUGAUUCGUUCUUAUAUUGGUGUUCAGCAAAUACGACAGAAUUAAGUUCUAGCGCCGAUAUUGCAAAAUCAGCAUCUGUCAAUAAAAAUCGCAUUCUUAAAUAAAUAAGUAUGUUCAGAAUUUGAACAGGAACAUUGAUUGAAUUUGAAUGACACCAUGUCCUCUGACAAGCUGCCAACCAAACUGAUAUCCACAGUUGAAUGUAAACAGGGAGCAGUCCGCGCAGUGCGUUUUAAUGUCGACGGUAACUACUGUUUGACUUGUGGUAGUGAUAAAUCUGUGAAACUCUGGAACCCUUACAAUGGUGUAUUGCUUAAAUCUUACCAAGGGCAUGGCUACGAAGUGCUCGACGCUGCGUCCUCUUGUGACAAUAGCCAGUUUACGUCGUGUGGGGGAGACAAAUGCGUUAUUCUGUGGGAUGUUGGCACUGGACAGAUUUUGCGAAAAUUUCGUGGUCACAUCGGGAGAGUGAAUUGUGUGAAGUUCAAUGAAGAAGCAACAGUUGUUCUCUCAGGUGCAAUAGAUUCUUCAGUUCGAACAUGGGAUUGUCGCUCCAGAAGACUAGAACCAAUUCAAGUAUUAGAUGAAGCCAAAGACAGUGUGUCAUCCAUAUCGGUGUCAGAUCAUGAGAUAUUAACUGGAUCGGUGGAUGGAAAGGUUAGAAGAUAUGACUUGAGAAUGGGACAAAUGUAUGCGGAUUGUGUCUCAAAACAUGUGACAAGUGUGAACUUCACCAAAGAUGGACAGUGUACAUUGGUGUCAUCAUUAGACAGCACAGUCAGGUUACUUGACAAAGACUCUGGGGAACUACUUGGUGAAUACGCUGGACAUAAAAACACAGAGUACAAAAUUGACAGCUGCUUAACUAACACUGAUACUCAUAUUGUUAGUGGAUCAGAAGAUGGUAAAAUAUAUUUCUGGGAUCUAGUGGAGGGUACCAUAGUGGAGGCAGUGGAUAAGGCAGGACGAGGUGCUGUCUACUCUCUCACAUAUCAUUCAACUGAUCCAUGCCUCUUGACGGCAUCCGAGACGUCGUUCAGAGUGUGGAAACCCCAGUCAUAUGAAGUUCCUGAAUGAAGAGUUGAUGUCUUGACAUUGCUAUAAGCAUGUACCAUGCUUUUUUUGACCAAAAAAAAUGUAGGAAUUGAAUUUUCGAGUGGACCUCUACACGAGCCAGAAAUUAUGUGGAGCUGCAUGAGUACACAUUGAAACAAUUUUUCUGAUGGUCAGGUCUAAAUAUGUGAUAAUUGAG